AUGCUAUUUUAUCAGGGUGACAUCCUCCCCCGAAACUUUGCACCUCGCCCGUAUUUUGCACAAAUUUUGCGGGCUAAAGAACUAGGAACACCCUCACUUCCCAUCUUCUUCUCGUUGUCGCCGGCUUUCUUGUUCGUCGCUCUAGACACCGUCCGUCACCCAAGACUCUCCCAUUUCCUUCCUUCCUCCUUUGCGUCCUUCCUUCCUUCCUUCCUUACUCCUUUACUUCUUUCCUUCUUUCCUGCCUACCUCCCUCCCUCCCUCCCUCUUUCCUUCGUUCCUUUUUUCCUCCUUGACUUCAUUCCGUGCUUCCUCCUUUACUUCCUUCAUUCCUCCUUUCCUUCUUUUCUUCCAUCUUUCCCCCCUCCCUCCUUCUUUCCUUCCUUCCUUUCUUCCUUCCUUCUUCCUUUCUGCCCUUCCUUCCUUUACUUCCUUCCUCACUCCCUUAAUUCUUCCCUGUCUCCCUCCUUCCUUCCUUCCUUUUUUCCUCCUUUACUUCCUUCCUUCCUUCUUCUAUUUCUCUCUCCCUCCAUUCCUUCCAUCUUUCCUCCCACCCUCCUCCUUUUCUUCCUUCCUUCCUUCCUUCCUUCCUUACUUGCUCCUUCCUUCCCUUCCUUCCUCGCUUCCUUCUUUCCUUUCCUUCUUUCCUCGCUCCUUGCUUCCUUCCUUCCUUCCUUCCUUCCUUCCUUCCUCGAUCCUUCCUUACUUGCCCUUCCUUCCCUUCCUUCCUCGCUUCCUUCUUUCCUUUCCUCCCUUCCUUGCUCCUUCCUUUUCUUCCUUCCUAGCUUCCUUCCUUCCUUUCCUUCUUUCCUCGCUCCUUCCUUCCUUCCUUGCUCCUUCCUUUCCUUCCUUCCUUCCUUCCUUCCUUCCUUCCUUCCUUUCCUUCUUCCUUCCUUCCUUCCUUCCUUCCUUGCUCCUUCCUCGCUCCUUCCUUCCUUCCUUCCUUCCUUCUUUUUUCAAUUUUAG